CAUCUAGUCAGUGACUAAUUCCGCCUGAAAUCCUUUCGAGGGGCUUCUCACAGUCCCUGCCUCAGGUUAAGCCCUCAGGGUGUCGCCUGCAUGAUUGCAGUCACCUACCUUCUGUCUGACCUCACUAGUCUGUUUCUACCAUUAGAGAAGUGAUCCUUCUAAAUAGUAAAUUUGCCCUUGAGAGUUCCCUGCUUAAACCACCCGAUUCCCCACUGCUUACCAGAACAGCGCAAAGUUGUCUGGAAUACAAAGGGCUUCACAACUGGGCCAGUCCACUCUUCCAAGUUCCUUCCUUCAGAGCCACUUCUCCCUGUCUUUACAUCACCUGUUUCUGCCUCUAGACUAGAGCUCCUGGGGGCAGGGUCACGAUGUAUUAAUAGUUUAUCUUCCUAUCCCAUGGUCCUAGUUAGCACAAUACCUGUAUUAAUCAAGAAAUACUCAAUUGAAUGUCUAGAAUACUAAGAUUGUUUACUUCUUGGUUUUUCACUGGUAAAAGUGUGUGUUUUUUUUAAAUUCUAAUAGGAACUACAGAAUUAAAAAGAACUACAGAAUUUCACAAUGACUGACACUCCAGAAGCUGCUCCAAAUUUUGAAGAGAUGUUUGCCAGUAGAUUCACGGAAGACGACCAAGAGUACCAGGAGUACCUGAAACGCCCUCCUGCGUCCCCGCCGAUUGUCGAGGAAUGGAACAGCAGGGCUGGCGGGAGCCACAGAAACAGAGGCAACUGGCUGCAAGAUAACAGACAGUUUAGAGGCAGGGAUAGCAGACGGGGGUGGCCAAGUGACAAUCGAUCCAACCAGUGGCAUGGACGACCCUGGGGUAACAGUUACCAGCAGCACAGACAAGAACCUUACCACCAUCACCAGUAUGGAAACUACGGUUACAACCAACGGCCUCCCUAUGGCUACUACUGACAGAAAUGUCAGCGCUUGUAGUAAAACCGUUUACUUUGUUAAUAAGACAAAAAUUUGUGUGUAUCUUCUGUUGGUCAUGAUUUUACAUUUGAUGUUAUAAAAUAGAUUUUUUUUGGAACUUGAGGCAUUUUAAAAAAAAAAUCUUACUGGAGAGAUGUGAUGGUUGCUGGGAAUAAAGACGUCCCUAAAAAGGUGGUGGGUUACACCGCUGGGCUUCUACCUCAGACUCUUCGUUUCAUGACUCGGUAGUGCUGUGAACUUCGUGUAUCUUUUCCUUGUCUGACCUCCAGGAGCUCUGUCUUUGUUUUACACAGAAAUAAAACAGAAAAUUUAAAAUAGAAAAUGCUUGCUUUUACUCUGUAAUAGAAGGAAGUACCCAUAUACUGGGAUGUGCUCAUCCCUAAAAUUUGACAGAAGCUGGUAAACUGGUGAAUGCACAACUCUUUAGCUGUAAUGUAUUGUACAUGUUGUAACGUACUGAACAUUAACAUCGGCAGUUGGAAGGUAAAGCAAUUGUAUUUAUGUUUCUUUCUUGGCUCUUAUGUGGCUGUGGUACUUUGUAAUUACACUAUAGAUAUAAGUCAGCUUCACAAUCACUGUGGUCUUUUUAGAGGAAUAUCAAUAAAACCGUUAAAAGAA